AUGCUUUGUAAAGUCAUAUUCGCAUCUGCACUACUAUGUGCAUUGAUCUUCACUGCAAAAGCUCAUCAAGCAGCCUGGUCCAAAGGUAUGUACUGUAUGAAAGGACUUCCAGGGAAAGAUGAUAUUAACAACAUGUUACCUGUCUUUCCUCAAUAUAUGCUCAAAAAAGAAGACUGGUGGUUUCAACACGAGCGAGGAUGUGACCAAGCUCCACCACCCGCUGGUCACUACCUUGAACUUCCUGCAGGAGAUUCUUUCACUGUUGAAAUUGCCCAAAAUCGUGCUUUUACAACUUUUGGUAAAAAUUCAAAAUUCAAUGACUUUUAUGGUGGUCCCCAACAGCUUGUGCGAGGCGAGGAUAGAUGUGUUAUCGGUCCUAAUUUGCACACACCAAGCCAACAUUUAGCUCCAGGAACAGUUUUUGCUAUCUCCUAUCAGAACAGCAUUGACAAUGUCACACCGGAAAAUUUGGUCGUCUUCACUGUAAGAUACCAUACACCCUGGCAAAGAUUGACUAUGUACGAUGUACCAAAAGAUUUACCUCCCUGUCCUCCAGGUGGUUGUACAUGUGCAUGGGGAUGGAUUCCUAUGGGAUGCGGACAGCCCAACAUGUAUAUGCAAGGCCAUAAAUGUAUUGUCACCAACUCAACUUCUAACAAGAGACUGGCGGUAGCCAAACCACCGGUAUACUGUGAAGAUGAUCCUUCAAAAUGUGUAAAGGGAGCAAAACAAAUGAUCUUCUAUCAACAAUUAGAUGGAAAUAACGUGAUAAAUCCACCGAAAAUGCCAACAUACAACGCACGUAUGGGAUUCGAAGAUGGCGCACAGAAUGAUAUUUUUGAAUGA